AGAGCCUGGCAGGCUGCGGCUAGGGCCUCCAGGCAGCUCUGUUGGCCGCUUGAAGUACAAGAUCCAACUGCAGUUGUGGGACUCUCUGCCUCGGCCUCCCCAGGCAGAGGGAGGACCAGGACAAUGGCUGCUGCUAACGAGAUGGAGUUGGAGAGUGUGAAUCUCAAUGUGGAGAGAGAGGGAAAGGAAGAAAAUAAAGACGUCCCCAGGAGCAGGAAGGUCCACAGGAUUGUCUCCAAGUGGAUGCUUCCUGAGCCAGUCCGAAGAACAUACUUGGAGAGAGCCAACUGCCUCCCGCCGCCCUUGUUCAUCAUCCUCAUCAGCCUGGCUGAGCUGGCUGUGUUUAUUUAUUAUGCGGUGUGGAAGCCUCAGAAGCAGUGGAUCACCCUGGACACUGGGAUCUUGGAAAGUCCCUUGACGUACUGCCCUGAGAAGAGGGAGGAGGCCUGGAGGUUUAUCUCCUACAUGCUGGUCCACGCUGGAGUCCAGCAUAUCGUGGGGAAUCUUUUUAUGCAACUCGUCCUUGGUAUUCCCCUGGAAAUGGUCCACAAAGGCCUCCGAGUGGGGCUGGUGUACCUGGCAGGUGUGCUUGCAGGUUCGCUGGCCAGCUCCAUUUUUGACCCUCUUAAGUCUCUUGUGGGUGCUUCAGGAGGAGUCUAUGCAUUGAUGGGAGGCUAUUUUAUGAAUGUUAUAGUGAAUUUUCGAGAAAUGGUUCCUGCCUUUGGUAUCGUCCGACUACUCGUUAUCCUUCUGAUUGUUGCGUCAGACAUGGGAUUUGCUCUCUACAGAAGAUUCUUUGUCCCUGCAAACGGGGCUCCGGUGUCCUUCGCUGCUCACAUUGCAGGUGGAUUUGCUGGAAUGUCCAUAGGUUACACUGUGUUCAGCUGUUUUGACAAGACCCUGCUUAGAGACCCCAGGUUCUGGAUCGCAAUUGCUGCAUAUGUAGCUUGUCUCUUAUUUGCUGUGUUUUUUAACAUCUUUCUGUCCCCAGCAAACUGACUUGCCUCUAUUAUAAGCCAGUUGAUAGAAGUGUCCCAUGGGGGAAAUGGUAAACUUUGUAAAGAAACACAGAUAUCUCAGCAUAUGCUAAGAACAUUAUACAGGACAGCAACUUAGCUUCCAGGAGGAAGCAAGAAGAUAAGAAGCAAAGCUGGGUCUUUCAUGCAUAGAGCAUGUGUGUAUUAUCCUGUGAAGGAGACUUGAUAUCCUUGGGGGAUGUAAUUUGGAGCUUGUUUAAAGGCUCCAUGAGAACUGUACUAUCUUGAUAAUAAACAUUUUUUUCAUAUC